CUCCGCCGGCCUGAGUGAGUGUCCGAGCACUGAUCAAGGCGCGACCGACCAAACGCUUCAGGCUUAACGCUUCAACGCCCUCGCUCAAGCCCUGCUUGCCUAUCAAAUCAUCACAUGGAGCCCUCAUCUUCACGCCUAUCGUCGCCAUCAGCGUCACCGCCAGGAUCACCGCCAGCGGACACCUCCCCGGCCUACCUUGACGACCUUGGCGGCGAAGCAGCGACGCAAUUGCAGCUCUCCCUGUUGCAAAGCGGUCGAGGGUCAAGUCCUCGUUACCACAGCAGCAACGAUGACUGGCAACAGAUGAGCAGUAGCGCCAACAGCAGCAGCAGUAGCAGGUCAUCCAGCCGGCCGCCACUCUAUCCACUAAGGCGGCAUCAGCAGCAGGACAUGUACGCUUCUCGUUCCCCCUCCCCUCCAGGUCCGCCACAAGACCCUGACCCGCGAGACUGGUCGUAUCGCACCAACCUCAUCGACCCACUUACACCAGAUGACGCUUCGUCCUCUGACUCCGACGAUGGCUCUGAGGACUCUGACGACUACUCGACUACAACAUCGCAGUACAUCGCAGAGCAAGAAGCACAGCUGCGUGAGGCAUUGGAUCAGCUCGAGUUGGCGCUCAAGGUCAUCCUGUGCCCGCUGGUGGGGAAAUGGUUGGGCAGGCGGUGGGCUUAUUGGGGUGAGUACCCACCGCUGAAUGGUCAUAAAGAGAGGCUCAGCUCACCUUUCCCCCUUCGCCGACAGCCUUUAGAAGAUACAAUGCUCACGGCGGCCUAACUCUGCGCUUCUUUGGCCUCUCUUGGGUGCCAGAGACCAAGAUACCUAGCUGGCUUGCUGUGCUCGCUUUGCCAAUAACAGGGGGAGAGUCGU